AUGGCGCGCCCCCUGCGCUGCGGCGGCGGUGGCAGCAGGCGCAGCAUGACGUACUGGAUGUGCAACUGCGGUGGUUGGAAUUGGGACUGGCGUGCCCCGUGCCUCGGCUGCGGCUACGCGGCGCCGCCGUGGGUGCUGGAUGCCGCUGCAGCCAGGGCCAGGCCCCAGGCGGACAAGGACGGCUGGGUGGACCAGCCACGCGGGCGCCGCGCCCAGAGGCAGGCCCGCGGUGCAGCGGCGAGCGCGGCCUCCACUGAGUCGCAGACCUCGGCGUCGGGAGACAGCGGGACGCCCAGCGGCGGCGGCGCCACAGCUAUCGAGAGGCUGCAGGCAGCGGUCGAGCAGCUGGAGGCGCUGCAGGCGGGGCCGCCCGACGGCGUGGACAGCUGCUUCACCGACGUCGUCGCCAGCCAGCUGGAGGCCAAGCGCGCCGAGCUGGACGCGGCCCAGAGGGCAGCAGCGGAGCAGAAGGCGUCCUCCCUGCCGCGGUCGACGCUGCUCCGCAAAGAGGCGAACGCCAUCAGCAAGGGAGAGAGGCGGCUCCGUGCCGCGCGCCAGAGCCUGGAGCAGAAACAGACAGCGCGCGACCUCGCCGAGGCCCAGCUCCAGAAGGCGCAGCAGGAGCUGGCGCAGCUCGACGCGGAGCUGGAGGAGGCACCCCGUGCUGUCCGCGCCCUCGAGGAGGACGCCCGCGCAGAGGCAGAGGCGCUGCGGCGACAGCGGGCAGCCGAGUGGGCAGGAUCGCCCAAGCCCCUGCACACCAAGGAGGGCGCCAUGGGCCGAGACAGCACCCACGCAGGAGCUGCCGAGCCCUGGCAGCCGCAGAGCGCCGCGGAGCGCGGCCCGGCAGAGCGCCGCGGAGACGCCCGCGGCGAGUGGCCGAAGGUCGCCCAGGCGUCCAAGCGGGAGCUGGUGGCCGAAGCCGUUGACCUGCGCACGGGCGGCGGCGCCGAUGCGGCCCGCAUAGGAGGCCAGCGGCCCCUCGACCUCGGCAAGGCACAGGGGCCGCAGGCGCCAGGCCAAGCGGCGACGGCAGCACUGGAUGUCCGAUGUGGGCUCGAGGUGCUCGGGGUCAACGGCAACACGUGGCGGAGGAGCCUGGAGGUCAUCGAGGCCUUCAUCGAGAGGCACGGGGCAAGGCUGCACCUGGUCAUACUUCAGGAGACCCGCCUGGCCAUGCCCCGCCUGGAGGAAGCCAGGAGCGCUGCGCGGCGCAUGGGGUAUACGGCGCUCCUCCACGCGGCAGCGCCCACGGACAAGGAAGGCAUCAACCUCGACAUCUUCGCCGCCUGCGGCGACAUGGUGCUGUCCGAGGGCAUGCCCUGGCUCGCGCAGGGCGACUUCAUCAUGGAGCCAGGCACUCUGCGCGAGUUGGGCUGGCCACGCGCGCAGCGCGGCACGUACCUGGGACCCGCCGAGUGCACAUGCGCUGCUCAAGGUGCGGAACAUGUGUGCGACUGGUUCGUGGGUUCCUUCUGCCUGGCCCACGGCGUCAGAGAGGCCUCAGCUCUGGAUGGCUUUGGGCUGUGCCCCCACAAGCCUGUGAGGCUGCUGCUGCAGGAUGUUAGACCCGACGCCCUUGUGCAGGUGCUGGCGCGUCCUGGUCGCUUCCCCGAUGUCGACGCAGCUGCGUGCCGCCCCCGCGAAGAUGCAGCAGUGCAGGUUCACCGCCGUGUGGGGCGCACCCGCUGGCGAGCGGAGCCCUGCAGCUGGACCUGGGAGGUGGGCUCCCAGCCGAGCGACGCCUCCGAGGCCGCUCAGCAGUGGAUCCAAGCAGUUGAGAGCACCUUGGUGGGAAUCCACGGCAUCGACGACUCCGACCUGCCCAGGUACCUGGGGCGAUCGGCGGGCCCUAAGGUGGCCCUCAAGCCCCUCAGCGCCGUGGUCAAGCGCGAGUACCGCCACCGGCACUCGGCCCUCACCCACGCCAUCCGCCAGGCCCUCGACGUCGCUCUCCAGAGGCUCACCGCAGGCAAGACGAAGCGGUGGCAGCCCGCACACGAGGCCUGGUACGAGCGGCAGGUCGAGCGGGUCCUCGCCGAUGUGGAGGCUGCCACGGUCGCUGCUUGUGAGGAGGAAGAAGUCGAGGCCCUCGAUUUCGACACCAGCGAGUGGGGCGACCUCGUCAGCCAAGCUGGCCUUCAUGGAGACCCAGAGGCGACAGCAGUGCUGCAGCGGCGCCUCGCAUGUUCCCAGAGGCGUGACGGAUGCAAGAGCUCGGCCUCCUGGAGGGCAUGGGCCAAGGAGGCGGUGCAGAAGGGUGGCAGGCUGGCCCAUAGAUUCGCCAAGGCAGUGCCGACCCCGCAGGUAGUCGACCCCGACACUGGCAGGCCCUUGGCAGGCAUGUUGGCAGUCGGGCAGCUGGAAGCCAACUGGCAAGCCCUCUGGCAGCAGGAGGGCUUCCAAUCGGGUGCUGGAGUCGGCAGCUGGGACGUCCGAGGAGCGAGCCUGCCCCCCGUCAGCCUGGAGAUGCUGCAGGCUGUCUGCAGGCGCUAUUCACCUACGGCAGGCCUGGGGGCAGACCAGAUCCACCCGCGGCAGCUACUGCUGCUCCCUGUAGCCCUGCAGUUGCGAUGCCUAGACCUCCUGGAGGCAUGCGAGGAGCGGCCCCAAGCGCUGGGCGCCCAGGCCACCAUGAUGGUCUUCAUUCCCAAGGCAGACGGAGGAGCCCGACCGAUUGCGCUGAUCCCACUGCUCAUGCGCAUCUGGAGCCGCCUGAGACAGCCUACCUGUGCGCUGUGGGAGGCGGAGCACGACCACCGUUUCUUCUGGGGCAAGGCAGACCGCGGAUGCGAGAAGGCGGGCUGGCUGCACAACGCCUUUGCCGCCUUCGCGCGGGAGAAUGGGUUUGCCGCCGCCAGCCUCUUCCUGAACAACACUAAGUUCUACGAGAACCUGCGGCACGCCGUCCUGUGGCAGUGCGGGAUCGAGCACGGCUUUAAUCUGAAGUUGCUGCGUGGCUAG